UAAGCGCUGUCUGCAAACAAAGUUUCGUUAUUUUGUUUGUUUAUACUUAUGUCGAAUUAUGGAAUUUAAUGACGUCGCUUUUUGCAUUUUGUGAAGAAAUAAAUACAAUAGCCGAAUAUUUAUAUAUAAAAUGUAAUUAGAACAUUACAUUUAGGAAAGAUGGCGGUUUUUCGAUUUGAUCCAUGUGGUAUAAUCUGCAUUAUAUUAACUUAUUUAGCAGUAUUUUAUGCAGAUUACGCCGUUGUAGAAUGGAUGGUUAUUCCGACAAUGUCACAAAGUUUAUGGGGAGCUUUCAAUGUUGUAUGCUUUAACACCAUAGUAUUUUUACUUAUCAUGGCUCAUCUUCGUGCUGUGUUCUCAGAUCCUGGAAUAGUUCCUUUCCCUGAUAACAAUUUAGACUUUUCUGAUAUGCAUAGUGGAGGUGCUGGAUCACCUGUGAAUAAAGAGGAUUGGACUGUUUGUUCAAGAUGUGAAACUUACAGACCACCUCGAGCUCAUCACUGCCGAAUUUGCAGACGUUGUAUACGCCGAAUGGAUCAUCAUUGUCCAUGGAUUAACAACUGUGUUGGUGAAUUGAAUCAAAAAUACUUUAUUCAGUUUUUGAUUUUUGUUGGUUUAGCUAGUUUAUAUUCAAUUAUUAUGGUUAUUAUCUCAUGGACUGCAGACUGUACUGACUGUAAAAAAGAAAUUGUAUUUCGGCAACAUCGUGUGAUACAUACUGUGCUUCUUUUAAUUGAAAGUAUUCUAUUUGGAGUAUUUGUAAUUGCUAUAAUGUGUGAUCAGUUUCAAGCUAUAUUGUCUGAUGAAACAGCUAUUGAGCAUUUACAGAAAAAAGGACCUCACAGACCAAGAAAACCAAAAAUGGCUCUUUUGAGUGAAGUUUUUGGACGAGGUUCACCUCUGUUGUGGAUAUUUCCUUGUCAAAGCCCUCCAAGGAACAUCGAAAAUCUUGCAUCGUAUGAAGUUUAACUCACUUCCCAACUUCAAUCCCAUUUUGAUUCAUAAGAUGAAAAAGGGACCCAACUUAUGUGCUUUCAGAAAAUUCAAAUAUUUAUAUCAUUCAAGCAAACUUUUGAAGUAUUGCUAUUAUCCAUUUUAAAUGUCUUAUAUUAAUUGUACAUACAUACAUAUAUAUAUAUACACACAUACAUCAGUAUGAAUUUUACUGAAAAAACUGUACUUAUUUUUAUAAGACCAUUUGAGAUUAUUUAAGUAGCAUACUGAUAAUUUUGUUAUUACUGUAUAUAAGCUUUGUAUAAAUAUGCCAGAAUGUUUUAUUUUUUGGUUGCUAUAUUUUAGCAAUAAUUUUUUUUUAUUGUAUACAAAAAUUUACUCUGAAAUUGUGCAAUAACUGGAUAAAAAUACUUGUGAUUAUUAUUAAUUUAUAAAAUUAUUUAGAUGAAUGAUUCCAAAUCGCUCUAUUUCGAUUCAGAUUUUUCUUUAAAUGACAAGAGCUUCUCUUGCAUUAUUUACAGACAUUCAAUUUUUCAUAUAUUUAUAUUAGUGAACACUGUUUAAAAAUCUACCUUUCAAGUACAAUGUCUCAUUAUAACAAAUUAUUCAUUGGCUUGCUAAAAGAAAUGCAAAAUUAGGUAGAUAUGAACUUUUUAAGAAUAAUGAAAUACAUCUUGCAUCAUUUUGAUUUUUCGUCAUAAAGAAUAAAUAUCUGAAAUUAUUAUUGUGCUUUAUUUAAAAAUAUUUUGCUUAAACAUAUAUAUAUAUUUCACGUGUCGUAUAGAAUACAAAAUAAAUUUUAAUUAAGGAUGAUUAAUAAUAAAAUUUGGGGAAAAAAUUAAAGAAUGAUUAAAAUACUCAUUGUGAAGAAUAUUAGUCUUUUACUUUCUAGUAUUGGACACAUCAAAUAAUGAAGCUAGAGCUCUAGACAAUAAUACAUUAAUAAAACUAUGAUGUUGUUGUUUCUUAUCCCUUUUGGAUUGAACACCAAUUCAAACCAAGUCCAAGAGAUCGUAUCUCAUGAUAAGAUUGUAAAAUGACUUCCCCUCAUUCACCAGCUGCCUUACAAAGGCGACAAUACAUUCAAUGAUAUGAGGGGAAGAAGCGUCGGCCGAGCAGUGGCUAGGAGUAUACAUCUUUUGGCUUCUGUUGAAAAAAAAACUUUUUGUAUGGCCAGACCUUAACCUAGAUAAGAGUGUUUGAACACUCCUUGGACUGGUGCAUGCAAGAGACAAGCCUGGAUGCUAACUGGCAUACCAGUCAUGCUCUGGGGGAAUCCUCCAUUUCGUUUUAGUCCUUUGUUUAAACCCGGUGUGGAUCUCUGAGGCCUGCAAUCUAGAAGAGGGGGGAUUGCUACUUAGGUUUCCUUCCUUGGCCAGAACAUCUGCAGUUUCAUUUCCAUGGAUGCCCACACAAGACGGGAUCCACUGUAUGCUCACUGAUCCGAUCCUUGCAAAUGUAGUUAAUUUGGAGAUAAUGUCUUGGCCCAACUUGUCAUGAAUAUGUGGCCAGUCCUUUAAAUAUUGUAUUGAGCUCUUGUUGUCUGUGAGGAUCCACAUUUGGGAAUUAUCAGUCUCCAAAACUUUGUUAAUAGCAAAAAGUUUAGAUCGAAAAACUGAGCUAUGGUCUGAGUUUCUAAAACAAUGCCUCAAUUCCCCUCUACUUGAUUUUAAAAAUAUACCACUUCCAGUUCUCCCAGAUUCUAUUUUGCUUCCAUCAGUGUAGAUUUUCAAGGCUUGAUCAGGGAUAUCACCAAUGACCUCGAGGGCCAACAACUCUGGAUGUUUGCUUUGUUUUGUAAGAUGAUCUAUGAUAAUUUCAAUAUUCAUGAAAUAAUAAGAAGAGGAAUCCUAAAAUUUAUUUCAAGUAUAUUAGGGGUGAUAAAACUUUUAUUUUCAUUAAAAACAAGUUUAUUGCUCUAGUAAGAUUUUUAAAAUAAUUUGGUUCAUAAAAAGUUUUUAUGCAAUUUCCAAAAUUUAAAUUACUGAGGAAAGGAAUAAUUUUAAUAUAGUUAUUAAAGAAAUAUUUUUGAUAAUUUUAAUAUAUAGCUUUUUAUCUAGUGAUUUUAUUUUAUUUGUAUUUUUUUCAAUCCACUUAUAAUCUUUUUUGAUACUGCUAAAUAUAAUAUUCUUGUGUGGCAAAUACUCAAAAACAAUUUUGUUUGCAGUGCUAAAUAGUUGAGAUGACAUAAAAAAUAUUUUGACUUCCAUUACUCAAACCUCUAUUUAUCAAAAAUCCAGUAUGCUUUCAUAUUUCUUUUCUGAUUUAAACUUAACGAAGAAAAUCUUGUCUUUCUUAAGAAAUUUUUACUCAGUGUUCUUAUUUUUUUCAUAAUGUAUGCCUCUUUGUUUUCCAGAAAACAUUGCAUCUUUCAUACUUGGUAUUCUUCCAGAAAAAUAUUUUAUCAGAAUGUGUUCAAAAUAUAAUUAAUAUUUCUUGUUUAUGUAAGUUUGCAAAAAUAAUAUGGUGUUCUCUGGAUAUUCAAAAGACAGCUGUCUGUUUUAAUUUGAUGAUUAAUCUUAUUACUAAAUUUAAUGUAGUUAUUUUCAAAAUUAUAUCAUUAGGAAAUAUAAUGAUAUAAUUGAAAAAUUCAAUGAUGAAAUAUAAUCAAUAUGUAUAAAAGACAAAACAUUGUAGCUUUUAAACUCAACUGGAAUUUGGCAAAAGACUUUCUUUAGGAGUUUAAUUUAUGGGUUAAAGAGUUCAGGAAAACAAAAAUUCACUAUAUCUUAAGAGCUAAAAAUAGAACAAAUAUGUCAGGUCAAAACAAAAAACCCUAGAAAUCAGCAAAAAUGUCAAACAAUAUUUCCUGUAUAUAUAUAUUUUUUUUUAUGAAGUUUCCUGGUCUUUUCAAUGAGCCUCAUAGGUUCUAAGUCACAUAAAUUUAACAUGUUCACUACUAUGAUUCAAACCUGAUAUCAGAAAAUCUAUCUAAUUUGAUGAUUCCCUUUCUUUGCUAUUUCUUAUAUGUAAUAGAGGAGGGAGUCAUCAAAUUAAAUAGGUAGUUUGGUAUAACUAGAUAUUAAAUAUGAAUCACUGGUGAGUCAUGCAGUUGUUAGUAUGUUAAUUUAUAGAAGAAACUAUCAAACUCUCAUAGUAGAUUAAUAAUUAGAUAUUUUUUUUUGUAUGAAAUGCCUUUUGAAUGAAUUGUGUUAAUUGUUUAACAAUAAUCAUCAACACCUUCUUUAUAUUUAUUUAAGUACUCUUAAAACAGAAGUAUAGUGUACAGCCCUUAAGAACGUAAUGGUGUUAAUUAUUGUAUAAACAAAUUACAGUUUGGUGCUAUAAAUAAAAUUCAUUUGCUUUUGUGUGUGAUUUGGACAGAGGUAUUUCAAAAACUGCUUUACCUUUUCGUAAAUUUGAACUGUGAUAGUGUGCGUGUUAGAUUUUUAAACAACUACAAUAAAAUUCUUCCAAGUUAUAUCUAAAAGAGAAGAAUUUAAAAUAAUGAAACAUAAGCAAUACAUGUUUUUUGGCUUCUGUUGUUAUAUAAAAUUAAUCAAACUCUUUAAAGUUGUAAUUGUCAUUUUUAUUUUCCAACUGAAAAAGAAAGGGGAUUCAAGACCAAGAAUGUAAAUUGGCUCUCAUUAGUUUUAAAGGCUUCCUAUACUGAAUAUGUUUUGGAACUUAUUAAAAUUUAACAUUCUUUGAAGAAGUGAGAAAUAAAAUAUUUUUAAUCUACAUGCUGAUUAUCAUAAAUUUAUAUAUAAUAAGUUUAGUAACUUACAUUUCCUUUUUAUUAUGGAUUGAAUAAAUUUAAUACAUUUUCAGCAAAUUCCUCAUUCAGAUCUGUUUUCAUAAAAUUAUUUCAUUUUGAAUACUUAUUUUUAGACAUUCCAUGGGGUUAAAAAAUACAUCAAAUGCCUUAUCACUACAUAAGGUAACUUAAAAAUAUUGCGAAGUAAUAUUUCAUAACUAUUAUAAAAAUGAUUAGUUUUCCUUGAAUUAUUUUAUUAGCAUGCUUAUAUUUAUUCAAUAUACUGAUUAUUAUCAAUAAAUAAAAGUUCAUGCAUGAAGUUGUAUAAAACUUUUAAUCAUUUUUAUAGUUACAUAAAAAGGUUGUAUGAAUCAUCAAAUAUAUAAUGUUAUUUUCUAUAAUUUAUU